AACGGAAAAGAGCAAAGGCUCAGGGAGAGAUCAGCAGGAGGGAUCAGAGUCAUUUGCAAAGGACAGCCCUGGCCAACCACAUGCCCAUCGAAUUUGUUUGUAAAAUCAAGUUUGCUGAGGACGACGAAGCCAAGGGGGCCUCGACAGAAGGAGGCGAAACCGUUAUGCUAGAUGGCCUUCCGCGGCAAAAAGGAGGCAUGGCUGACCUGGCGUCCUUUGCAAGCUCCUCUUCGCUGCACGGUCUGGCUCGGGUGUUGGGGACCUCGGGGCGCUUGGGCUUCAGACAGACCCUCUGGGGACUGGCACUGUUGGCCUCGCUUGGUCUCUUCCUGUACCAGGCGACAUGGAGCACGGCGACUUAUCUAGAGCGACCCCACCUCGCAGCUAUGAGGGAAGAAACCCGCCGUGAGCUCAACUUCCCGGCCAUCACACUCUGCAACGUCAACCGAUUCCGCUUCUCAGCCCUCACCGACGCGGACAUCUACCACUUGGCUAACCUCACCGGCCUGCCGCCCAAGAGCCGGAAAGGACACCGGCCAAGUGAGCUCCAGUACCCACCCCCUGACAUGCUAGACAUUUUCCAGAGGACUGGCCACCAGCUGGAAGACAUGCUGAAGAGUUGCAACUUCAGUGGGCAGAACUGCUCGAGUGAAGACUUCAGCGUGGUGUAUACACGGUAUGGGAAAUGUUACACAUUUAAUGGAAACAAGACAUCACCCAAGCGGGUAAGGCAAGGCGGCACAGGAAAUGGACUGGAGCUGAUGCUGGAUAUUCAGCAGGACGAGUAUCUGCCCAUCUGGAGAGAAACCAAUGAGACGACACUGGAAGCAGGUAUUCGGGUUCAGAUUCAUAGUCAGAAUGAACCCCCGUACAUCCACCAGCUGGGCUUUGGGGUCUCUCCAGGAUUCCAGACAUUUGUUUCCUGUCAGGAACAGAGGCUAACAUGCCUGCCACAGCCGUGGGGAAACUGUCGGGCUUCAUCUGACCCUGUGAUCCCAGGAUACGACACCUACAGCGUCAGCGCUUGCAGACUGCACUGUGAGAGCACACAGGUGCAGAGAGAGUGCAACUGCAGGAUGGUACAUAUGCCAGGCAAUGCUGAUAUCUGCACACCCAGUAAAAUCAAGUGUGUUGACAAGGCUUUAGCUUUACUCCAGAAGAGCACAGGUGACUCAUGCCCCUGCGAGACACCCUGUAAUUUCACUCGGUAUGUAAAAGAGCUCUCUAUGGUUAAAAUCCCCAGCAGGGGCUCUGCUCGCUACCUUUCUCGCAAAUACCAGAAAUCGGAGGAAUACAUCAGAGACAACUUUCUCAUCUUGGAUAUUUUCUUUGAGGCCCUUAACUAUGAGACAAUAGAACAGAAGAAAGCGUAUGACAUCGCUGGCCUGUUAGGAGAUAUUGGUGGACAGAUGGGGCUCUUCAUUGGGGCCAGUAUUCUUACUAUACUGGAACUACUUGACUAUAUCUAUGAGGUGGUCAAAUACAAAAUCAAGCAACUCCUGAAACAAAAAAAGAGUCAGAAACAACAGAACCAACGGAACUUGAUCCAAGAGCAGAUCCAGAGAACAAAGAACCUGCGAGAACAGAACCUGAAAGCUCAGCUGGCAGCCGGAACUAUAGCUACAGUCCGAUUUGAAGAAGUCAAAGUCAAGGCAGCUAAUGAAGUGGCUCAACCGCACAGUGCACAUCCAACUUCAAUAUUACCAAAUCAUCACAAUGCACAAGCAGUCGUACAGCAGGACUUUGCUUGUUAAGGGACAUCUCUUCUUCUCUGUAUUUAUUUUUCAUAUCACUGAACUUGAAAUUGGGAUCCUGACUGGACCCUGUACACUGAAAUACAAAUUUCAUUUUUUCCACUUAUAAAAGCUAGAGCCAAAGCCUAA